GGCGUGAAUAGCAGCCACAUUCAGCAGCAGCAUCAUCAUCAGCACAGUAGACGUCUGUAAUUAAUCACUGCAACCUAUUCAUUUUGGAUUUAGAUACAUGCAGAUCAGCUUUAUUUCAUCUUUAUCUCAGCGAGAUACAACUGUUAAGAGCCCUUGGAAAUAUGAGCCAAACGUCAGAGCCUUCAGCCGAUGCUGCUGUGACUGAAGCUCCAGUUUCUCAAUCUGAAACCAAGCAAUCAACAGCAGGGAAGAAACAAAACAAAAAGAAAGUGGAAGAAGUGGUGGAGGAAGAAGAAGAAGAGUAUGUUGUGGAGAAGGUCCUGGAUCGGCGCGUGGUGAAGGGAAGAGUGGAGUAUCUCCUCAAGUGGAAAGGCUUUUCUGACGAGGACAACACCUGGGAACCAGAGGAGAACCUAGACUGUCCCGACCUCAUAGCAGAAUUUCUUCAGUCACAGAAAACGGCUGAAUCUGGAGGCAAGAGGCGGGCCGAGUCAGACGGCGAUGGAAAGGAGACCAAAAAGCGCAAGGAUGAGCCUGAGAAACUCAGAGGUUUUGCACGUGGUUUGGAUCCUGAGAGGAUUAUUGGUGCUACAGACUCAAGUGGAGAACUCAUGUUCCUCAUGAAAUGGAAAAACUCUGAUGAAGCUGAUCUAGUACCAGCCAAGGAGGCGAAUGUAAAGUGUCCACAAGUGGUCAUCUCCUUUUACGAGGAACGUCUCACCUGGCAUUCAUACCCCACUGAAGAAGAAGAGAAGAAGGAUGACAAAAACUAAACGACAACAACAAAAAAAAAAGAUAAAAGGGACAGUCAAUAUCAGUCGUGGCCAUUGAUAUGCUUAUUUUGUUCUUUGUUUUCUUUUUUUAAAAGAUGGCAAAGGAAAAUUGCCAUCUACGUAGGUUUCAGCGUAUUUUAGUUUGGGCACCGUUGCCGUAGACGAAGCAAAUAGACACUGCUGUAUCAGUGUGCUUGACAGGUGACUUUGCACAUUUAAUGUACUCUUCAUACAUUGACGAAAACAUUGAGAUCAUGUUUAAAAUCAUGCAACAUGUUGAAGGAGAAUCACAGAAUCAUGAUACAUGUGAAAUAGUGUUCUUUACAUGGUAGAAAUGUUGAACAUUUCCUCCCUACCCUGUGUAGAUUACACCGUUUAGUCGUUCAUACUGGGUCGGUUUCGUUUGAUGCUGUAGCUGUCUCGAAAAACGUCCUGAUGUAUUCCACGAUUCUUAAUUUUAUGUAUAUAUACUAAUGUUAAAAUAUUACUGCCUUAACAGAUUAUUAAGAAAAUGACAAUUUUAUACAUCUGUCAAUGCAGGUGGUCAUUGAAUGCAUGACUGUAUCUAGGCCCAUGGAAAAAGAGGUGUAAGAUAUAGGCCUUAUUUAACGUUCGAAACUGGCUUUGAUACGAUUGGUUUUAUAAAGACAUGCCAGCAGCUGUUACUCUUCAGUGUUUGUUUGCCCAUGACGUGUCUGGUCUCAGCAUAGGUGCUAUUUGUGAGUCGGCUCCAUUGGAUAUUAACAGUCUUUCUUGACUUGGUUUGACAUUUGUGUUUGUAAAUAUGUUUGCCAUUUCCUAGCACAUCGGUAUCACUGUGUACAGUCAGCUGAAGUUCGGUUUUUACUUUGAUACUCUUUGUCUUAUUACUGUCACACAACAAAGUAGAACUGUAACAUUUGUUCUCCUGUAGACGUUUAACGUAUGUUUUUAUGUUCUAGGCUUUAACGAUUGUAUGCUAGUUUUGUUUAACCAUAUUAUUGCAUAUUAUCAGAGCAUUUGCCAAUGAAAUACCAUUUUCAAAAAAUAAAAACCUUUGUUGUA